GUUGUUUACUAGAGCGCGCAAUAAACAGCAGAUAGCUGUCAAAGGUACAAAACAUCUUCAAGUGGCCGUCAAUUUGUUCUACUAAUCCUGAUUGAAGCUACAAAUUGAAUCUCGUCGAGAGCCACGUGUCGGCACAAAAGUUACUCGUGUGAGCCUUCAACCGCCGAUGUGAGAUGCCAAUUUUCACAAAAAAGUUUGCCCCAAAGGUGGCGCCUCCACGGACACAGCGCCUGAAUAUAGGCUGCCCGCCGCACCAAGAGGACUUGGACGACUUCCGCACGAUACGGCUCAAUCUGGUCGACAAGCAGCUCUGCUUUGUGGACGGAGUCUGGAUGAGUGCUCUUCGCGGUGCCGGUGGCGGAACAUCCGGGGCAGGAGGGGGACCCAGCGGUGGUGCCGCGCUAACUUCGACCACAAUCGACGAUCUGCUGCGGAUAAAGCGACGCAUCAAAGCACUGGAGCAGGAGAACAAUCUGUACCAGGUGAAGCUGGACGUGUUGCUGGAUCUACUGACGGAGAACGUAAUUGAAUUGAACACGUUGAAGGUGCAAUAAAGUGGGGAAAAAUCGAGAAUUGAGUUGCUUGAGG